AUGCCUGCUAAUGUAGAGUCCUGGGCUCAUCCGUGCGCUCCCGUCCUGCUGAGCCCUCCCUUCCACGAGAUGACUGAUCUGACGAGAGAGCAACUGGAUCGUCCCUCGGAGAGAACAGGACCCCGCAUUCCUCUGGACAAUUUGAGAGCUCAACACUCCUAUGGGCCACCACCUGCUGUUACUGAAGCUUCCCUAGCAACAGCAGAAGUAAAUAGCUCUGGGGCCCUGGCAGGCUUGAGGCAGAGGGGACGGGAUUCUAUUAAUGUGUCUGGCAAACCUCCCGCAUUGAUGACAGGGGGGACAAGGGCCAAUAACGGAGGCAGUGAGAGAGGCAGCAGCAAUGUAAAUUUAUACUCAUCUUUCCCGAGAGGUCAGGGGGUUUUUCCAGCCAGACGCCCACAAAUAAGAAACCCUCCGCGUGUCCCCUUCCUUACAUCAGGGAUUAUGAUGGAACUGCCUCCAAUAAAUCUGAGAGCACCAUAUAAGGAUAGGUUGGCUCAAGUUUCUUUCCCACGGGGAGGUCCACAAAACCCUGCAGAUAAUUGGUCAAGGCCUGGACCCCUGACUUCCAAUACUCAAGGUUUACCUUCUGGCCCUACUGCUCAUGGCUUUGUAAAUCCUCAACAUCCAAGUUUCAAUCCACUUCUUCCUUUGCCUAUUGCUUUUGCUCCUCCCCCAAUAGUCAAUCCACCCCAGCAAUCUCCUUAUGCCACUUACCCUUCCUGGGGGAUAUCAGACCCUGCAUGCCCCAAAAGAGAGAGCAAGUGA